AUUUGUGGAUAACUUUGAUGCGUCAGAAUCAAAACCACGAUCGUUAUCAAUUUUACUUCCUCUCAGGUAUCCCCGCAAGUCGGCUCCAGCUCGGGGAAAGUUGGACACUUUCGCUAUUAUCAAACACCCGCUCACCACUGAGUCAGCUAUGAAGAAGAUUGAAGAUCAUAACACUCUCGUAUUUAUGGUUGAUGUUAGAGCUAACAAAUAUCAAAUUAAGAACGCCGUGAAGAAGCUCUACAAUAUUGAUGUGCAGAAGAUCAACACAUUGAUUACUCCACUUUUGGAAAAGAAAGCGUAUAUCCGCCUUACUAGCGACUACGACGCUUUGGAUUGUGCUAACAAAAUUGGCAUUAUCUAA